GCGCCAGGCGAGAUGGCGCACGACCUCGAUGUGGGCGCGCCACGGUGCCAAGCCGCUCAGUCAGCAGGCUCCGGCGGCGGCGGCCGGAAAGGCGGGCGUUCGCCUCGCCUGCCCGACCUGCCCGGGGACCCCAUUUGCAUCUCCCUCAGCCCC